GCUGGAGUUUGUAAAGCGACGGAGGCAAAACUGUAACAGUGAAGCAGCGCCUUACGGCCGGGGCAAUAUCCACAUCAUCUCUUACCCUUCUGCAUGGUUGUCCCUGUCCUUUUUGCACUUUUUUAACGAGGGGCCGAAUAAUACGUAAGAAAUAUGCUUCGAAGCCGCUUUUCUCCUUCUUUCUGAGUGAUUAUUUGCAGUAUUUCCGACCAGGACAGAGUCCCAGGGGGUUGCAUCUCCUGAAAGUAGCGGAUUUCUAUCUUUUUCUCUACAUUGAAAAUAUCUCCCUCCUAGACCAACACGUCGCGUAAACAAGAUCAUAAAUGGCUUUCUAGCAGACACCAGAAGGUUCUGUGCCAAAAUUGACUGGUACUUGGAGCCAUUCAUGAUUCUCUCCAACUUCACUAAAACCCCAGUUCCAACUGAAGAAAAGCAGCCCCAAAGCAUGAUGCUGCCACCACCAUGCUUCACUGUGGUGGAAGCCAUUGUGGAGUUUGAUUACCAGGCCCAGCACGAUGACGAGUUGACCAUCGCUGUCGGUGACAUCAUCAUUAACAUCAGGAAAGAUGAGGGGGGCUGGUGGGUGGGGGAGCUAGACGGUCGGAAGGGGCUCUUCCCCGACAACUUCGUCAGGGAGAUAAAGAAGGACUCUAAAAAGGAGAUAAAGAAGGAGUCAAGUUUGGCCGGAUCCAAAUCAGACCUGUCGAAUGGCAGCACCAGCCCGAAAUCAGAACCCAGCCUCAGACCUGCCAAGAAAGGUGAGGCAAUACGAAAAAGGCGUUGCAAAGCUGCCUUUAGCUACACUCCACAGAACGAAGACGAGUUAGAACUGAAAAUUGGAGAUGUAAUCGAGGUUCUGGGAGAGGUGGAGGAGGGAUGGUGGGAAGGGACUCUCCACGGCAAAACCGGGAUGUUCCCCUCGAACUUCACCAAUGAGCUGUUGGCCGAGGUGGAAGAUCAGGCCACACAGGAUAACUCCCGCAGCACAAGAACCAGUAUAAAGGACAGCACAGGCUCAGAGAGUGAUGGUGGUGACACCAUUAGUUUACAGUCUGACACUGGCAGCAUCUCCUCUAGCUCUGAGAUUCAACCCAAAAAGGUUAGAGGUUUUGGCUUCGGGGACAUCUUCAAAGACCAGCCAAUCAGGCUCCGCCCACGUUCCAUGGACAUGGACAAUGAGGCAGAGAAGCCUCAAAUGGUAAAGAAAGCCCCCCCAUCUGUUGCCCAGGAAACCAUGAAGGCAGAGCCUGAUAACAAGGGCAAAGCAAAGGAGUUUUGCAAAGCUAUAUUUCCAUAUGAAGCUCAGAAUGAAGAUGAGCUGUCAAUCAAAGAGGGAGAUAUUGUUACGAUAAUCAGUAAGGAUUGUGCAGACGCUGGUUGGUGGCAGGGAGAGCUGAAUGGCAAAAAGGGAGUGUUUCCAGACAACUUUGUGAAGUUAUUCAUUCCUGAGGUAGAAAAAGAGAGACCUAAGAAACCACCUCCACCUGCAGCACCCACCACUAAACAGAUCACAGACAAAAAGACAGAGGUGAAAAAGGUUCCACCAGAACGGCCCGAAUCCCUCCCACACAGAACUGAGGAGAAAGGUGAGGAGAUGAAGGUGGCGGAGAUUCUGAGGCCAUCCCUUCCUGCUGUCCUUCCAAAGAAGCCCCUCCCCCCGAAGAACAACAACUCGCUGAAUCGACCAUCAUCCCUGCCACCCAAACGCCCAGACAGACCUGAGAGACCAGCUGUGCCCAAUAUAUCGUGUGACAGUCCGAAGUCUGAAGGCGGUGGUGUGACGGCUGACCGUGGCUCUACAGACAAAUCUUUAGAUAUCGAUGUAGAAGACUUCGACACUAUCAUCUCAUCCACAGAGAAGCUGAACCACCCCACAGCAUCACGUCCACGUGUGAUGGACCGACGGCCACGAUCGCAGGUCUUCACGUCUUCCUCUCUCUCUAGUUCUGACCUCCUGGAUGCCCCAUCUCCAGAGGAAGAGAGGAGAGGCAAGGAGAUGGGAAAGGAGGAGCAGGACUCAAUCCCUCUCAAAACUCUUGACAGCUCCAAAAAGAUACCCAAGGCAGUGCCAGUCAUAACAGCCCCUGAGAAAUCAACUCUGCCCCCCAAGCCCUCUGCUCCUCCCUCAUCUUCUGGUUGCAGUGGAGCUUCUCUCCACCAGGGUGGCGUUAGUUUGCGGCCCCAUUCCCCUUCCAUCGAUGCCAGAGGCAAGAAUGAACAGGGUGCCACUACAGUGGAGGAACUCAGAGCACAAUUACGAGACCUGAGAGGAACUGUGGAGCUUAUGAAGAGCCAGCACAAACAAGAAAUCAAACAGCUUGUAAGUGAGCUGGAUGAAGAAAAGAGGAUUCGUAUAUCACUGCAGAUGGAAGUGGAGCAGAUUAAGAAAUCUCUGUCCAAAUGAACUGAAGCAUGCUGGAUGUAUGAGAUGAAGGAUUUGGCUGAGGUGUCACGCCCCAGACAAAGUAGAUUGUGCCAAAAAAGAACAAAAAUGUAUCAGAACGUGCUUAAAGAAAACAAAUGUUUACCCCCCAACCCCCCCAUUCACCUUUACACUUUUGUCUGUCUGUGUGUGUGUGUGUGUGUGUGGUGUGUGUGUGUGCUUGUUUUUUUAAAAGAAGCCUUUUAUUUUAUUUUAUUUUUGCAUAUUUUGCUCAGAGUGGGCACUGAUUCACAGACCCGUUGUCUGGGUGUGGCCUUACUGUGGUUCAUGUGGCUCAACGAUGCUGAGGGCCCACACCUGGAGACAGGUGAUGGUGAUUAGCUUGUCUUCUGCACAGCUAUGACACAGUUACCCCGAGGCCCUCUCUGGUACUGCCUCUGAACUUUAGUCAGAGAAAACAUCAAAUGAAGGAGAAACCGUGUGUUUUACUUAUAUACUGUUUACUUCAAGUUAUUUUCUUUAGCAUUGGAGGCCUUCUGUUAUUUUUAUUAUAUGCAAAGAUGUGUUUUAAUUCACACCUCUAAUGGUUUCCACAGCAACCCCACAUUGAGGCCUUGUUUAUUUGGAGCGUUCCAAACUCUUCUGUCUUUCCUAUUUCUCGUGCAGUACGUUGGUGAUGACAAUGAGAAAACUCACGUUUUGUUUUCUUGAAUAUUUCUUUGAAAUCUGCUAUAUAUACUUUUAUAUUAUAAUGUACUAAAAUGCAAUUACGUGUGCAGAUUUUAUUAAAAAAAAAGAUACUUCAAAAAA